CAGGGAUGAGGAUUGGCAGGACAAUGAUGGAGCACUUAACACAAUAUCCAUGACUUAUCCUCGCUUCCCGAUUGAACAUCCACAUCGUUUAGUUGAGAAGGAUUCAGAUUGCCAACCAUUGGAACCUGGAAUCUGGUAUUACAAGAUGGUGGAGGGCGAUCACAUCCUAUUCAUAGUGAACAGGGAGAGAGCAGGAGUCAAAUUUGAUUUAUUAUACGAUAGUAUAUUUGAAAGGUGCAGGAAACACGUCUUCAAGAAGAAACUUCCAACAAUACCUAAUGAAAUCCAGCAUAGCCAUAGCUCUUAGCAUCUAUCUCUCUCACCCAUGUGUACAAUUGAAAGACGAAUAUGAAAUUAACCAUACAAUUCAUUGAAUUGCCUUUCAAUCUCUCCACACUUGUAAAUGCAGAUGAAUGGUCCUCUUUCCAACUACAGAUUUUUGUAAUUUGUAGGUUUGUGGGGAUGCAGGAGAUUUAGCGUAUAGGUUGGCACAAAUGUAUAAAUGUAAUUCUUUCAAGUGCAACCAAAAAAAAAAAAAAACCACACUAGUUGGAGGAUUUUGAGUGCAAAGCAAAUGAGAGCUGAUCUUGGUAUCAUCUUAUACUGUUUCAAUAA